GGCCCCACUCAGCCAGGAUAGUUGAGCACUGCCGAGCACAGCAAGCCCCUCCAGACAUCAUGGGACUCACACAGGACCCCAACUUCCAAAAACUGCAGGACUGGUACACAGCCCAUGCCUUGAACCUCAACAUGAGGCACAUGUUUGAGUCUGACAAGGAGAGAUUCAACAAGCUCAGGUAGGCAUUCGAGUCAAAGUUACUUCAUUGUUCAAACUAAACCAUGAUGUAUACAGCAUCACUGAAGAGGAUACAGUAAUCUUGCAUGAUAUUAGCAGCAAAGUGUGACAGUUUGAUGUUUGCAUUAUCUGUUCGCAUUCAAAGUCACCUCUUCCUUCAUUACAUGAUAUCUCUAUGGCUAAAAGCUCUAUGGCAACCAAGUUUUUCAGAUGAAGAAUUUUUUCUUUGCUGUUCUCAUUACUGAUGUCUCUCUGUGUGUGUGAACAGUUUAACACUGAACACAGGGGAUGGAGAUAUUCUUCUGGAUUACUCCAAGAAUCUCAUCACUGAGGAAGUCGUGAAGAUGUUGGUUGACCUGGUAAACUUUUUCCAUUUAGAUUAUACAAGAACUUUUGAUAUUUAUUCAGAUUCACUUCUCAUUAGCACCUCAUUGAUACAAGAAAACGAGAAUGAGUUGAUGUGCUGUUAAAGUGGAAAUUUUACCUGACCUUGUUGCGACAGGGGAUGAACCCACUGACUUGCAGAAAUGGUCCUCAUUUUGAUUCAUAGCCACCACUGAUAGUUUCAUUACAGACACACAUCUUGAGUAUACAUCAGCUGACAGAGUGAAUCUUAAAAGUAUUGUCUUUCCAGGGCAAGUCCAGAAACAUCGAAGCUGCCAGAGAGAAGAUGUUCAGUGGAGACAAGAUCAACUUCACUGAGGUGCUCAUUGGUGACCACAUGCCAGCUGUUGCUUGACUCAUAGCAGUGUUUACCACUUGACAUUUAUUCCACUAGGGUGAAACUGAAAACACAGCACUCACACCAUAUGACACAAUCACUCCUGCACAUCAUUUUUUUUCUCUAAGCUUUUUUAAAUUAGAUGUUAGCAUCUACUCUUAGCCAAAAGUAGAGGAUAAAUGUCACAGUAGAGAGUGUAGGUGUUUAUUUCACAGUGUUGUGCAUGUGCAGGGCCGUGCUGUGCUCCACGUGGCUCUGAGGAACCGCUCCAACACUCCCAUUAUGGUGGAUGGUAAGGACGUGAUGCCGGACGUCAAUAAAGUUCUUGAGAAGAUGAAGGGUUUUUGUCAUGUGAGUUGAAAUCCAGAUACAUUGAAGCACAACUUUGAGUUAAAUGUUUCACACUUUCUGUGUCAUGUUCCUGCUCAUUGAUGUUUGAUAUAUCUACAAGUUUUUUGUGAGUUGAUUUGGUUGAUGUGUCAUUGUGUUCAUUGUGUUUCAGAGAGUCCGCAGCGGUGAGUGGAAAGGCUUCACAGGGAAGGCAAUCACAGAUGUUGUCAAUGUUGGCAUUGGAGGAUCUGACCUUGUGAGUGAGACUUGUGGGAAAAUCUAAAUGAGCCUCAAAUAUUUGGUAGAUUUUGCAGCUCUGUGUCCCUACAGUCACUCUUGACCAAAGCAGCACAGAAAUCUGAAUUUGAACUUGAGUUUAUUUGCAUUGCAGGGCCCCCUGAUGGUGACAGAGGCCCUGAAGCCUUACUCCAAAGAUGGACCCCGCGUGUGGUUUGUGUCAAAUAUUGAUGGAACGCACAUCGCCAAAACCCUGGCACAGCUGAACGCAGAGACAACCCUCUUCAUCAUCGCAUCCAAGGUAGCUGCUUUACAGGGCAGAAAUUUAACAACUGCACCUGAUUAACUUCUCUUCCUAAUCUAUAUUCAUGUGUUCACCGUGAGUGUGUACAAAAUCCUUCAUGUGUUGUCACUUAUCUAAAUGUCUGUCAAAUCAGCUCUUCAGCUUUGGCACAAGUGAAACGCAGCUGUUCCUGCAAUACUGUGCAUCGAGGUUGCUUCUUAUAUUUAGUGGUAAAUAUAUCAAAAGAAUUAAGACCGAUGACCCACACAACUUGAUUAUAUUUCUCUUAUGUCUGUUUGUUUUUAAUUUUUUGGUGCCUCCUUUUUGAAAAUGUUUUUAACCAAAGAUUUUGCACAAUAAAAGGGCACAAACUCUGGUUUUAGAGAUGAUAGAGCCGCUGCAAAGCAAUAAGUAAUAUGCAUUAUCUCGACUGGCCAGCAGUGGGCGACCCAAGUGGUUGGAAAGCAGUCAAACUGAUGGGAAAUCAAACCUACUUUCAUUUGAUUUUCCACCUCACUAAAUAUUUUCAUUUGAUUUUGUUGUUUGAAUAAUGAUCCAAUUUCACCAAUUUCAAAUAAAUUGAUAAUAAAGUUUGUUAUGUUUUGGUCCAUGGCUACUCUUGGCAGUCAAAUCCAACAUGGCAACUUGUCCUUCAGUAUAAAGUUAUAGCACAUGCACAUUUACCUCAUUGUCCAAAUAUGGUCACCUCUGGUUGGGAAAACUAAGAUGGUUUCAGCCAAAUGCAAACUCCUGGAGUUUCUAAUCAAGUGUUGAUUUUGCAAUGGUAACAUCGACUUUAAUUGUAUAUAUACCUUUACCAUAAAUGAUGUUGCAUUUGAUAUUGAUUUUAAUCAUCUUUUUUUCAAAUUAAAGACUUUCACCACCCAAGAGACCAUAACCAACGCUGAGUCGGCCAAAGCAUGGUUCCUUGAACAUGCCAAAGAUGUGAGUAUGAAUGCUGCAGCUACAGACAGCUUUAACUUUGUUAUUUGGUUGAAAGAUACCCUCCAACAUAUCCUCUCUAUGUUUCAACAGAAAGCUGCUGUUGCAAAGCACUUUGUGGCUCUUUCCACUAAUGGAGUGAGUAAAAUUGUUUUUCAGCCUCAAAGUUCUCCCUCUGCCUGAAUAUCUGAUCCUGAUGGUCCUGUUUUCUCUGUCCCCAUCCUCAGCCCAAAGUGAAGGACUUCGGCAUCGACACAGAGAACAUGUUUGAGUUCUGGGAUGUGAGUGCUCUUUAAGCCCUGCAGCAGACUGUGUUCAGUAGGCUCCUGCCUUCAUGCACAGACUCUGGAUGAAGGGGACCGCAGGCAACAGCUAAAAAUAAGCUAGACUUUUGACCUGUGAAGUAGGUGGGUGAUGCUCUGGCGGGCAGCUGCUGGGUAAUCAGAAGCCCCUCUCUUCAGACUCAGUUAUUAUUGGUAGCGACCUUCUCUCUUGCAGAGGUUACUGUAAAGGCUGAGCCUCACCAAAGGUCAGGGAGCUGCAUUUAGUUACAUUGUUGGUAUUUAAAGGGUGCCAACUAUAAUAUGUUCUUUAUGUCACAGUUAAAAUGGCGGCCAGUGUUUUGCACUCAUAAUGUAAACUGUGUGUGCAAAGUUUACAGCAAAAAAGUUAACAAAAGUAAUGUUAUGGUAGUUUAUCAAUGCUGACUGAACUGCAUUUACUUCACUCUUAGGUGUGCAGAGAGUAUAACCCAAAUACUCGUAGUUAUAGUUGAUUACAUUAACGUUCAAUGUUUGUCCUGCUGUUGCCUGCACCAGUUUCCUGUGCAAAAAAAGUUUCUCACAUUUUAAAAAGACUGCUCUGUUUACCUUGUUUAAACAGUUUUUUAAAACCCAGUUUUUUCUUUUUCUUUCAGUGGGUCGGCGGUCGUUUCUCUCUGUGGUCUGCAAUUGGAAUGUCCAUUGCCCUUCACAUUGGUAAGUACAGUGGAUACAGUAUAGGUCUACAUUUAAAAAUGCUUUGUUGCCAGUAAAAAGGGUCCACAGGUACUGCAGAUAACCUUCCUCCUGUGUUAGCUUUUACUACGCAUCCACUGUGUUAAGGGUCGGUUUUGUCCCCUGUCUUAAAUCAGCUGUUAAUUACACUAAAAACAAUUCUCUUUCAUCCAAUUUGGUUCUCAUCUUUAGGUUACCUUGUUAGGCUUCAUUAUACAUGAAAGUAUCACUUAUAAUAUAUAUAUCUUUAGUGGGCCACUGGAUCUUUCUUUGUCAGUGUACCCCUCAUACAGACAUCUAUACUGAAUUGAUCUUACAUGUCUGGACAUGCCCGACGUUGUUUUUUGUGCAGGGAAAUACAUGGCAAAAUGAGAAUUUCCUAAAUCUCACAUGAUUGGAAGAGGAUCUGACUGUCAGUGUGGUGCCAGACAGUGCACUUAUGAUUCCAGUUUUUGCUCUUAUUAUUAGAUAUUGAUCUAACCGGGUCAACAGCGACCCUAACAUGACACUUGCCAUAAUUUUAAUAAGUGCAUUUUAUAAUUUAGUCUAUUUCUUUUUUUGUUUUUAUUUUGUUGAAAUAGAGGUUCCUGACAAAGUCAAAAAUUCUUGAUGCAGAAAAGCUAAUGUAAGUGGUUCUUUUAACAUUUAAAAUCAAGAACAGAUCGGUGCAGACUCUAACACAGGAGGAGGGAUAACAUCAACAGAUUGACUGAUUGUGUAGGGGUCUUAAAUGUCCAAUUUCCUUGUUUACUUCCAUAGAUGCCCCAAAGUGUUACAGCAAGUGGGCCCUGAACCAGCUUCAUAUAGGACCCAUAUAUAGAUAGGAUGUGGCCCAUUUGGGACCCUGUCAGUUCCCACUUUGUCAUUCUGAAUGGUUAUGCCAAUUUUCCCCCAAUUUGAACCAAAGUAAACAUGCUAAUUUGCAAAAACAAACUCACUAACUAAGAAUCCUGCUGUGAGAUCGUUUCCUGUUGAAGCCCACCUAACUUAGAUAAAUCUCAUAUGUAUGCUAAAGAAAAUGUAUAGUGAGUGGGUUGUUGUAGGAAGGUCUUUCUGUUUUCAUCUUUGUUGGCUUUUACAUACCAAUGUUAAGUUUGCACACUGAUGUGAUCAAAAAGUUCCAGUCUACCAGCGUCUGUGAUUAGAGCAUCCUUGGCAAUGGUCCAUUCUUCACCAAAGUGGUCUGCUAGGGCGGUGUUAUGGGUCAUUGCUGUGAGCUGUUGUUGUGUGAUGAUCAACAAUAAGCAAGUACUUCACACAACAGAGUGAUGAAAUUUGCUUUACAAACAAGGAUUUCCUCCUUUUAUCCUAAUUAAGUCUGCAGGAUGAUAAGCGAUAAGAUGUAGAAGUAGUUUGUGGACACUGCUAUUCCAUAUUUCAUGGAGGCUGGAGUGUCUACAAACACCCCAAACAUAUCUUUUUUAAGAAAAACAAAAUCAUGUUUCAGUUUUUGAAAAGAGACACUUAUCAUCAAUACUAGUUUACAACGACAGCCCUAACUUCCAAGUGUAGCUGAGGCUGACAGUAGUAAGUUCCUGCAGGUAUUUACCUGUAAAUACUUCUUGAGGGAUUGAAGCGUAGACCGAAUUGUGGUACUGGAUGAUUUGCGCAGGGAUCACUAAAAUUAUUCAAGUUCAUCCAAAGGGAAACAUCAACACAAGCACCAAUUUUAGUGGCAAUAUGAGGCAAUCUGGCCCAUGAACUCUUUCUGACACCAACGCUCUGAUGCCUGAAGAAAAGUUUAUUCACCUCUGAACCACCUACUUUCAACAGGUCUGCCCCCACACUGCUGCAGGAAUAGAAUAUCUAUAACCUGGGUCUUAAGUGAAAAAAAAAAACAGGAAUUUGACUUGCUGAUUUUCUCUGCAGAAACACAUUGAAAAAAGGAAACAGUGUUGAAAUGUUUUUUAUUCUGUCGGUUAACUUUCCUGUCACAUCUGCUCUCCUCACCAGGCUUUGACAACUUUGAAAAGCUGCUCUCAGGAGCUCACUGGAUGGUAGGCACCUCUCCAACACCUUCAUUUCUCCACCUCUGCAGUGUUAGAAAACCCUAUUCAUGCCAUAUUCACAUACAGAAUAUAUAAAUAUAACUGAAGAUCUAACUCUCUGCUGCAGGAUAACCACUUCCGCACGGCUCCUCUGGACAAAAACGCUCCCGUCCUGCUUGCUCUGUUGGGCAUCUGGUACAUCAACUUCUUCCACGCUGAGACUCACGCCAUGCUGCCCUAUGACCAGUACAUGCACCGCUUCACCGCCUACUUCCAGCAGGUCUGCCCCUACAAAGCUGCAGGGCUUUAAAGAAGCAUCAGAGAGGAGAAUAAUUUAUUUUAAAGAUCUUUUUUAAUGUUGAGUUUUCUAGGUAGUCCAUACUUUAGGGACCAUACUGAACACACUGACAUGACGACAAAAAGACCAAGUGCAUGCAUGUUGAUAUGGACACUGCUAUAAAGCAUAAAAAAGCAUUGACAGGUGUGUGUUUCCAGGGUGACAUGGAGUCAAAUGGAAAGUACAUCACUAACCAUGGAGCACGCGUGAACUAUCACACUGGGCCAAUUGUGUGGGGGGAGCCAGGAACUAACGGACAGCAUGCCUUCUACCAGCUCAUCCACCAAGGUAACGCCACUGAACAUCAUUAUCCAAUCACAGCCAGGAGAGAAGGUUCAGUUUGUGCGCUUAAAAUUUAAUGUAUGACAAUCACAGUCAAUUGGUCUAUCAUUGUCAUGUAGCGGUAGCAUUUCUAAUUAAUGAAGCUGAAGUUGAUCGUAGGGGCUGGAUGGAUCAGUCAAGGAAGGUUAAGUCUAAGCAUUCUUAAAUUAGCAUUAGCUUAGUUAACUUGUUUUAUAAAUUUGAAAAUAUUUACUUGGAUUUAUAAAUUAUUUCGCUGUGAUGUUAUAAUGUUUCUCUAACUCACCUGUGCAGUUACCUAUUCCUUUCCUGAUUGUCAGGACUUCCACAUUUUUCACUUUUCUCUAAGGUUAUGGUUAUAUGCGAUCAGGGUGUGUCUCUGCUUUGUUUGACUAAUUGUUAAGAUACACUCCACCAGGGAGUAUUUAUAGUUACAUAUACAGUGCCCAGCAUAAGUCAGUACACCCCCAGCUAAAAGUAAUGUAUUACUCAAUAUCUAGAUGAGCAAAAUUACAAUUUCCAAAGUUUUGACAAAGCUGGGUUUGACAUAACUUUGUAUUUACCAUAUGAUGAAAAUAAGGGUGAUAUGGUAACUAAAAUUUAGCUUUGCUCUCAAAACUUUGAUUGGGAUGUACUCAUUUUUGCAUCCUGACUUUAAAUUGAAAAAAUAUAUAUAUUUUUGUAUGCAACUUAAAAAAUCUUGUUUGCAAUCAAUAGCCUACAUUUGGGGGAGCAUUUUGUUGUAUAGUCUGACGUAGAAGAUGUUGACUUUGAAAGGAAACUAAAGGUUUUCUGACAACUCUUAAGGGAUGUACUCAUUUAUGCUUCGCACUAUAUAAGCUACAUUUCUAGUAAGUUGUAUUUAAUGUUGCUGAUGUUGUAGGUGGCCAUCUCAUGUAUUUUGGAUAACUAAUCAAUCCAAACUGUGUCUCUCUCAGGAACACGUAUGGUGCCCUCUGACUUCCUGAUUCCUGCUCAGACACAGCAUCCAAUCAGAGAGAGCCUGCACCACAAGGUAUCAACAAGAUGAUUGUUUAUGAAGAAUUGAACGAGUAGAAACAGCGUUGUCAUCAUUGGCAUGCGUGCCAAAAAAUGAAUGCUUCUUGACUGGCUGUAGAAAAUGUAUGUAAUCAAGUUUGGGUUGAACCAGAUGAUGCAAACCCAUUCUUGUUUACAGUUUUAUUAGAUUUAUCUGCUCACAGUAGAAGUUGAAGGUCAAGUUUUUAUACUGCCCUAGUGCUCCCCCUCUUCAAGGCUGAAUAAAUGAUGCAGAAAGAUGCUAAAAGGGAGAAUUAAUGGCUUAUAUAUGACAUGGUUCUACUCAAGUACAAAAGUGUGUGUUUGUGUUUAAUGUGGUUGUAGAUCCUGCUGGCAAACUUCCUGGCCCAGACUGAAGCUCUGAUGAAGGGGAAGACCACAGAGGAGGCCAGGAAGGAGCUGGAGGCUGGUGGCCUCAGUGGGGAAGCUCUGGAUAAAAUCCUGCCACACAAAGUGAGUCCAAACAAAGAAAAAUGACUUCAGCUGACAUUUUUAAGAACCAGUUCGCCAAUGUUACUCCUACUAAAUGAAUUAUGCUAAGCUUUGCAUGAGGAUGUGCUUUCAUACUACACAGGGAUAGUGCCCCCCAGUGACCACUGACCAUUACUGUUUGGUAAUCAAAACUAAAUCAAGUCUGUGUUUGUAUGGUCUUUAUCAUGACACAUUGUCCCUUGUGUAACACAGGUAUUCCAAGGAAACAGGCCAACCAACUCAAUCAUCUUCAAGAAACUGACCCCGUACACACUGGGAGCACUUAUAGGUGAGAGCAAACGGUGUUGGUUGUGACAACCAGUGAAUGAUAUAAAAAAACUUCAACAGCACAGAAAUGUAAGUGUUUAGUGUUGAAGAGGCUGUUUUUUUUAUUUGGAUUUUAUUGGCAGAAACAAAAGCCUCCAUGGAGCUCAUAUUAAAGUCAAAAUGUAAUCUCUUUUCAGGCCUAAAACCUUUGAUUUUUUUGUUAAAUAUAAUACGUUUCUGUUGAUUUUACUAUCCACCUGUCGAUAUAGUACUUAUAAUUAGUACCACUGAAAACACCUGCUGCAGUAAAAUACAACCAUUUUUUUCUGAAAAGUAUUUCCUUUUGAGCUACUGUCAAACUUUUGCUUUGGAACAGGUCUAAAUUCAACACUUUUACUUGUUUUUUAAUUAUUUCAUAGUGAGUUAUUGCUACUUUGUUUUUAGUUUAGUUCUCACAUACAUGACUCACAUCUGCCCUUCAGAGCAACUUUAAAUGGAUGUAGUUAAAUAGCAGAAACAUUUAUGAUUCAGCAUUAGGAAUUGAGUGGAAACAGCUGAGAGAAAAAUAUAGGUUUAGGGAGGAGGAGGAAUGGUGUCGCAUAGUAACAGUCAGUCUGUUUGCACUUUGGACCAAGAAAACAGGUUUUCUUGUUUACAGUUCUCUGCAUUACCUCUGAAACUGCAUCUAUUUGAAAACAAACCACCUCUUCAUGCUCGGCUAUUGUUGUAAUAAUAAUGACUCUGUUUUUUUCACAGCCAUGUACGAGCACAAGAUCUUCAUCCAGGGUGUGAUGUGGGAGAUCAACAGUUUUGACCAGUGGGGGUGAGACAGUUUAGACUGCACACACACUGUAUGUUGUACUGAACACAUAGGCUGACAAAAUAGAGGCCUAUAGUCAUACUGAGCAGCUUUCUGUCUGUAGAAGCAGACUCAUGCUCCUCAGCAAGAUGUGUCAAAUACCCAAUAAAUCAUCUAUGGAUUAUGGUGCAAGAUUAUAAUAAAUAAUAACAGUAAUAGUUAUGAAUAAUAGCUUAGUUAUGUAUAUAUUGCUUUCAAAAACAUGGGUUUACAAAGUGCUUUGACAUACAUGCAAAAAUCUGAAGAAAACAGAGCAAAACACAAAAAAACUGAGAACAAAAUAAAGCAGAAUGAUUAACCCAAACACCACAAUCCUAACCAGAAAACUGAAUUACCCAAACGAAAAAUGAAAACCAUAGAGAUGAAUCCAACAUCAAAAGAAAUCCAGCAAAACAAGAACUGAACAGCGUGAUCCAAGACCAAAAGGAUGAAAGAUUUAAGAUUAUGUAAGGAGACGAGGAGGUAAAAGCAGAGGAAGGAGAUAAAAGCAAAAAAAUGAAAUAAAAAUCAGUGAAGGCGGAUAAAAGCAUUAAAAAUGUAUGAAAGCAGUAAGAACAGGUAAGAGUCCAUAUUAGGUAAAGUAAUAGAAAUACACUGAUAAAAAAAAUCAUAAACGAAUCAGACAGAUUCUAGGGAAAUGUAAGUCAAAUAAUCCACAAAGCAUUUAAAAUAACUUCAUCACAUAACAGAGAAGCCACAGAAAUCUUUUAAUGUCCACUUGUCAAGUCAAGCCAAGUCAAAGUUUAUUUCUAAAGCACAUUUAAAAGUAACCACAGAUGACCAAGGUGCUGAACAGGUGUGCAAUAUAAUCAUACAUACACUUACUAAUAAUAAAAACAGCAAUUAAAUAAAAACAAACCCAAUACUUAAAAAGUAUAUUUAAAAAUAGAAUAAAAUUAAAUUGAAAACAAUAAAAGAAGAGUAAAAGAGAAGAUAGGGAAUGAAAGAUAAAAGGAUAAAAGCCAAGCUAACUUAUCAAGCUGGGACUGAAUGCCGAAGAAAAAGAGUUUUUUUUCAGCUGUGUUUUAAAGUGCUCAGUGGACUGUGCAGCUCUAAGCUGGUAAGGUAGGCUACAUUUUUAUAACAUUUCAUUUAGGAUUACAUUUUUUAAACUUUAAUAAAGUAAAAGAAGGAACAUAUUCAAUAAAUAUGAACACUACAUUUUGUCAUACAUAUGGUUUACAAUGCAGCUCUUCCUCUCUGUUCACUGAACUCAUCUAUUGUACUUUCUAAUGAUGAGUAAGAGGGACGAUUUAGUUGUAAAAAUGCAAACCAUUUUUGUAGAGCUUACCUUCUUUCAGCUGUACUCUUGUCAGUCUGUUAACAGCUGGUGCUCAGUGGCUGACUGCCAAAACAAGUUAGAAAGAGGGGCUCUUUUUUGUCCUUCUUACUAACAAAUUGCCCUCUGACUUUCUAUGAGGUUAAAACAUGCAAAGUGCGACACUGAUAGGCAAACAAAAUCAAAGUAUGAGGAACUUGGUGACAAGGAGAGAAAACUCUUCAGACUGUUCAUUUUUUGCUGAAAAUUAACAACUUGCAUUUUAAUCAUCUCUCUUCUCCCUGUAUUUAUUCCAGAGUGGAACUGGGCAAACAGCUCGCCAAGAAGAUCGAGCCUGAGCUCAAGGACACCACAGAGGUCAACUCUCAUGACUCCUCCACCAAUGGACUCAUCAACUUCCUCAAGAAAAACUUUGCUUAAGUCACACCCCAGACCCUCCCCCAUCUUUUAACCCCGACGACUUCCACUUUACUCCACAUCAUCAUCCAUCUGAGCUGCUCCUGAGCUGCAGGGACAGGAGGCUCUCAGAGGCAGCUGGUGUCUCCCAAACAGUCGGGCUAAAGCACUCUGUAUGUUUGUACUCCAGUUAUGAAUAUCGUGACUGUUUAUUGUGUUGUCUUUUUGAUGUUUGUUUGUUCAUCACUGUGAGGGGGAAACCCUUUUUGUUUCAGUGUGUUGUGUUGUGGACGACAGGGUCAAAUAUGCACCCUCGGUUUCCUAAAUGUCACAGAGAAUGUUACUGGAAUAAAAUAUCUUUACAAAAAGUCUGUUUCAGCAUCACUGAAAUAUGGGUUGAUUAAAAAGUAAAAGAAAUUAAAUGAGGUGGAAAGCUCUGAGAAUCUUUUAAUCUCUAAUAUGUACAUAGCACAAUGUAAUCCCCUCUGGUAGAUUUCAUCCGAUCAAAUAGACACCAUGAAAAUCAUUAAAACUAGGGACAACUUUGACAGUGACAGAAAUUGCUAACUACUUAUUGGGUUUAGGAAUUGGGUGCAAGAGACUUUUUCUGUAGGGCUUCAUCAUAGACUGUAUAUACUAUGGACAACUUGGUUUCGCCUUCCGCCAGUAUACGGAUAUGAAGCUGAAAAGCUCUCUGUAAUUCUGCGUUUUUUCUCCACUUUCUGAAAUCAACAUUGUGCAGUAGCAUUGUACGCAUUCGGCAGGAGAGUCGCAGAGACACUCGGCUCAAACAGCAUAUCCCCCCCAGUGAGCUACGCAAUCUUCGUACGCCCAUAGGCUGUAUUGAGUGUCAAUCAUAGAAAACAUGAACCGCCUAAUAACUUUUAAAAAUGGAGCUGCACAGAAAAAAGAGGACUUGAGCACAAACUAGUCUUACAAUAACUACAUGUCAACAUUGCAGGCAGGAGGGAGAAAAAUUCAUAUUCUGUGUAAUUAAUUUCUUAAGUUUGUCCACAGCCCCUUAAGGAUUGCUGGAGGAGGCGGGAUUUAUGACCUAUACUGCAGCCCGUCACCAGAGGGUGCUGUUCUCGGGGUGGUUUCACCCAAUGAGGAGGCAGACGCUGUCCAUUCUAUAUACAGUCUAUGGGCUUGAUAUGACAAACUUGCAAGGUGACACUCAUUCAUGAUGGUUACAAAAAUAAAUAACCUUUAUAGUAAGGGCUGUUUAAACAUUUUAGGGGUUACUAUAUAGCAAAAAUUUUCCACAGCUUUUCACAAGACCAUUACAAUAUGUGUAUUUCAUGGAAAAUGUGCGUGGAGAAUGGUGAGUUUGGUAAGGCCUCUAAAAAGCUAUUAAUUUGUCUGAAACAAUAAGUAAAAAUAAUAAUACUAAUAAUAUUACUACUACUACUACUACUAUGGGUACUUCUACUGAUAUAAUGACAAUGAUAAUAACUAUAAAAACAAUAGUCCUUAAUUUUCUAAGAUGGUGCUCACAUCCCUGAUGCUUGGACCCCAACCAGGCAGAUGCAUGAACUAACAUUUCUUCAACACACCACUAGGUGGCAUCAGGGUACCAGAUUUAUUAACUCGGAGCAAUUCAGCCACCCAGUUAUCUACCAUUUAUUCAGUGGAACAAAGGGUCAAAGGUCAGCCCAUCUGCACAGUUCCUCCCCACAAAUCCCCAGACUCCACCGCAUCCAUUUAGAGAGAAAAACAAACAGCUGGACUAAAAAAGCAGCUGGACCACAACCUCAGUCCUCCCUGGCACUAAAUCUAAACAUCAUUAAACUUAAUUUGCUUAAUGUUUUUGCUUUGUGCUUCAAAAUUAGCCCGUUAAAUCCUCCUACAGACACGAAACCACACAUGAUAACGGUUUGAGAGGUAACUACACUCAAAAAAAAAACACUGCAGUCAUAUUAGCAAUGAUUUGGUAAAGAGAUGUUUUUCCCUGUGAUAUGUUCUCCCUAUUCUAACGGUUGGGCACAUUUACAGAGAGUGUAUGAGGACAAACAGAAAGUUUUAAAAAAAUCCUAGACCCCCAGACACUGCUGGGUUUUCAAUGCUGUUGCCAGGCAACAAUACUUUACUUCAAAUCGAACUUGUUCUUUUUAUCUGCUGCUCCGAGAUACAGACGAAAGUGAGUUUGAGUGAGGAUAGAAAAUCCUCCUUGUUGUCAUUUUUCUGGAAAUUAAAAACAGCAUUUCUCUUAUUUCUAAAUCAAAAGAAAAAUAGAUUUUUGACACACUUGGGCCAGUCUAAAGAAGUUUAUGAAUGAAACUGAUCUGCAGAGGACUGAAAGCUGAGUCAUAUACCCUUUGAGCAACUGAUGCUGAAUAAUGACUCUUCUCCAGGUUAAGUAAAGCCAGGUGCAACAGGCAGAAAUAAACAGGCAGACAGUCAACACGAGGAAAUAAGUGAUCAGGUUUGAGUCUGUUAGUGAGCAGAAUCAAAUAGCAGCAUAAAAAACGGUUCUGUGUGCGUUCCUGAGAUGUUUGUCGAACAAUGGCUCUUCAUACCCUCACAUUCCACUUCAUGCUUUAUUGCUCGGGGACUGUCAGUCAUUUUUUUUCUCCAGCCUGUUAAAGAGCUGCCCCCACCCCCUAACUCGAUCAGGGUCACAACCUCCCACUUUUGACUGUGAGGGCCCAAGUUCAAGACAAUGUCAGGGGGGGGGAUUUUCAGGGUGAGGUUUAAGAUCUCUGAUGUGAACCAUCCUGUGUUAGUUUGUUUGAGCAUCUUCUGAGAGCCAUGUUCUCCUCGCAUUUGUAUCAUUUGUAUUCAUGAUGAGCCACAGAGCUGGAAGCAGUAUGAGGGUCAGCAUCCUUGCAUGUAAACAAGCUCGGAAAUUCAUGAGCCUCAGAGGAGACUACUGCCUGCGGGUUUGAGUUCUGGCUUGAAAUUUACUGGAAUGCUUUUAUUUUGCAUGGUUUUAGCCAUCCGCCUCUCCCAGAAACCUUCAGGGGAUAUAUUCUCCUGAGUGAAACGUACGCCCUGCAAACACAUGACCCCUCCAGCCUCCACGCAACACCGCAUUUCCCAAUAUCAAACUUCAUGGAUGCUCUCUUAAGUUACCAGUUUGUGGUCUGAAGCUGUUAUUUACAGCAGUGACACACAAGCACCCUGCAGGCUUGAAAAAAAGAAAAAAAAAAUAGCCACCAAGUCCAGAGUUUCCCACGACUACUGGAGUUAUAUAAAAGUUAAGCUGAAGUACGUGGGCAGAGCUUGAUGCUCUGCUGCAUAUGAGACCAGCAGAUGUCCCAUGAGGCUGAAAAGGACCCCUCGUCACUCAGGGUUCAUGUCCUCUCUUUAAAUCACAACCCCAUUGGAUGUUCAGGGGUGGAUCCAGAGGGGUGGCCAGGGGUGACCAUCCCUAAAACCAACGCUGUGAUGGCCCAUGCGCCUUUUCAAAGGCACUUUUUGCUUGUAAGUUUCUAUGCAUUUCAUAGGGGCAAAUUCACAGCUUUGCUACUUGAAACUUUUACUCUGGACAUACAUAUCCUUCUUUGAGUCCUCCAGUAACCAAGUACAGGGGUGUUUAUGUUGCCACUCUGUUUGGCAGAAUGUAAAUCCUGUAUCAUUGUUAAAAUCUCCCAUGAUGAACUUUUGGUUUGGGUUGGUUUAAGCGCCCCAUGGACAAAAUAGUUCCUCUAGCGCUCAGUUCUUGUGUGUGUGUGUGUGUGUGUGUGUGUGUGUGUGUGUGUGUGUGUGUGUGUGUGUGUGUGUGUGUGUGUAAGUAGUUAGGGUGCUUAAUAUACAGGAGAUCAGGCCCAUGGGUCAUGUGUCCAAUAAAGGGAAUAUUUUAUUGUUUUCGUUUACUUAACAUGCUUGGUUUCACCUGUUUGUUUGUUUUUUUGUUUGUUUUGUUUUGUUUUAUUUUGCUUUUUGUGCAUUAACUAUCAAAGUUUCACUGAGUCCAGAGUAUUAAAAUAGAUAUUCUUUUUUUUUUUUUACUCAAUCUGUGUCUGUCCUACCCUGUAAUGUGGAUAAACCACUCAUUUUGAAAUGUAGAAAUGUUAAAGAAAUGGAUAAUCUUUUAUGUACUGGCCAUCAAAAACAGGGUAUUAUUACCUGUUUAGUAAUCUGUAUUGGCCAAGAGAAAUCAUUUUGUGCAUCCCCCUGUGAUGAUCAAAAAAACCUGAAAUUGGUCAAUGAAAGAACUCGUGCUUCAUUUUUAUUACCCAACACGCAACUCACUGAAUCUUUGCCAUGAAAUAUGAACAAAUUUUGAUACACUCCAGCUCACUGUGACAGGAGCUAUUGUCAGUAAUUUAAGUAUACAUGAUUAGUGGAGACAGAUAAUGGAAACAGAUACUAAUGCACACAUACUUAAUGCAGCUUCUGCCCAAGUAAGUGGUCCAGUUGUGCCACUCUCAAAAAAGUCUGGACACACCCUUGCAGUUAGAGAUAUCUUUAAAAAUAUCAUUGCUGAAAUGCGUAUUGAAAACAAAGUGUAACGCCCUAAAAACAGGAGGACAAUAUGAUCUCAGGUUAUAAUGGUAAAUCGAUGUGAAGGGAGAUUGAAGCUCUGCAGCUCUACAUCUUUCUCAGAGGGACUUUUGAAAUAUUUUUCAGAGAGAAAAAUACCAUCUCAUCUCAAAGAACAGUCUGAGGCUUCUUUCAGUGAUUCGUGUCUUAAAACCAGCAGACAGCUGGGUUUGUUAGUCCUCCGGGGACUCCUCCAGGUCAGUUAUCUGCUUAACUGUGUGGGUUUUUGGAGACUCUUCACUCACGGUGAAUUUUUUGGUCUUUGCUGAUUCUUCAAAAUAUGUGGAGUGACAUCUGGCUCUUAUUCGGUAUCACACUGUGAGAGAUUAAAUAGAGAGAGAGAGAAAGAGAGAGAGAGAGAGAGAGACUCCUACGCUGCCUCUGUUGGUCUGCUGGUGAUACUGUGCCUUAUGUUGUCCGUGACACUGACUGUAGCUUUCUCACUCUUCAACAUCAAGGCCGUGACUGAUUAUCAUCAUCUAUUCAGUUUUUAUGCAGGCAAAGACUGUUGGGCUUUUGUCGUCAGCAGAGGAGGUAAAGUGGAUUAGUUCAACCUUCAUAUCUCUUUGAAGCUGUUUAAGGGUGACUCAGUUCAGUAGUCGUGACAUUAAAAGUUACUUUCCCUCCAAGAGAAAUACAACAGUUGAAAAAAUCACUAACCGUAACAUCACGGUUUAUGUUUCAGCUACUAUAGAUUGCAUGAGAGAAGUUAGCCACAUGGCUACAGUGGUUUUAGCCAAAAAUUUCUAAACUCCUGUUUUCUAAGCCUCAGUGUUGUUGUUUUUUUUCUUUUGCCGAGGCCAUAAAUUGUUCAGAGCAUCCUAGAUGAGAGGCUGGAAACACGUCUAUCUUUGUUGUCAGAUCACCAUAGUAGAAACUUGCCAAUGAAAGGUAGCUCAACCUCAAAUCAUUCACUGUCUCGUCCUUAGUAUAUCAGGGUCUUGUUUAUGAGUGGGGGUAAAAUGGAAAGUGAGUUUCACAGACAUGUUGUGGUGAAGAGGAAGCUGAGCCCUUAAGGCAAAGCUUUUGAUUUACCAGUCAAUCUACUUUCCAACCUUCACCUAUGAUCAUGAGCUCUAGGGACUGACUGACAGAAUGAGAUGGCAGAUACAGAUGAUAGAAAGGGUGGCUGGGCUCAGACUUAGAGACAGGGUCCGGAGCACGGACAUUUGGGGGGACCUCAUAGAUGAGCUACCACUACUCCUUAAAGGGAUAUUCCGGCAAAAAAUUCAUUUAGGCUCAAACACACCGUAACCAAGUUAGACACCCUGUGGAGAGAUGAAUGUUGCCGACCACUUGCUUCUCUAGUUAUACCAACUUUAGUAACAACCACAGGAUAGUAAUACACAGCGGUCUGAGGAGCCAUAAACAAACCUCAACCAAAACGCCACUCUAUAGCCACAAAUAAUACUCAGAACAGCACCUAACUUCAUCAACAGUACAUAAAGGGUCCCAGCCAUAGUACUAGCCACCAAACAUCUUUUUAAUUUUGCCUGAUUUCUUUAGCAAAGAGACUAAACACAACUCACCUACUCUCUUCCAGCAGCCGCUUCUUUGUAGCGAGACCUCAGACCAGUCUAUUAUGGACUACAGUGGGGGGGACGCAGCUCAAGAAAGAACAUUCAUGAUCAUUACUUUAUCAUAUCUUUGAAGUAAUAAUCACCAUAUUAAUCAUUUUGCACUGCAGACGCAGUAGUUCUUCUGCCUUAGCGUCUCGGUCUGAUUGCAUUUCCAUGAAGAAAUGAUCAUAAAUGUUCUUCCUUGAGCUGCGUCACCCCGCAGCAGUCCGUAAUGGACUGGUCGAGGUCUCGCGACAAACAAGCGGCUGCUGGAAGAGAGUAGGUGAGUUGUGUUUAGUCUCUUUGAGAAAUCAGGCAAAGCUCAAAAGAUGUUUGAUGGCCAGCACUAUGGUUGAUGAAGUUAGGUGCUGCUGGUGUUCUGAGCAUUAUUUGUGGCUAUGGAGUGGCGUUUUGGUUGAGGUUUGUUUAUGGCUCCUGAGAUCGCUGUGUAUUGCUGUGCGGUCGUUACUAAAGUUGGUAUAACUAGAGAAGCAAGCAGUCUGCAAUAUUCAGGUCUCGAGGGGGUGUCUAACUUGGUGUUACGGUGUGUUUGACCCUAAAUAAAUUUUAUGCCAGAAUAUCCCUUUUAAAUCUGAAAGAAUCAGGUGAUAUGGUUUUGGGACUCCAACGAGGAUCACUACAGAUCAUGUCCUUUUGGAGGUACUUGGGCCCAGCUCCAGAUCAGCAAAAGGGGAUGGAUGGAUGGAUGGAUGGAUGGAUGGAUGGAUGGAUGGAUGGAUGGAUAGAUGGUCUUUCUAAUUUCACUGGUGUCACUAAUGACUAUGGUGAAGAUGACAUAAAACUCACCAUUAACACUGUAAACUCUUCAGAAACAUAUAAACAGAGGUAACAGAUGAAGUGAGACGCAGGUUGGUUUCAUGUCUAGUAUGACACAACUGAAUCACUCUAGGUUGAAGGGUUUUUUUUUUGUGGUGGCACCUUGGCCCCACAGAAAGAAGGUUCUCAGAAUUCCAGAGGGGGGCCUCUCUCUAUGGAGUCUGCAUGUUCUCCCUUUGCUCUGACCCUCCCACAAACUAAAGGCAUGCUUGUUGGGUUGAUUUCUGACUCAAAUUCCCUGAAGGUGUGAGAUUGCUGCUAGUUGCUUGUCUCUGUGUAUCCUCCCGGUGAUCUAUUGCCAACCUGUCAAGGGUGCACUCAAUCUCUGGCUUAAUGACAGCUGGGUUGGUUCCAUGCCAUCCCACAGCCCUUAUUCGAGUAAACACAUGGAUAAUGGAUAGAUUCAGUCCUAGACCCAAGACAGUUCAAAAGACUGUCUCUCCUCCAAUGUCAUCCCUCAAAUUAAGAGUUUUUCUGUGAUAAAGUGACUCUAUAUCAUUAAAUGUGAUAGCGUUUAUCAACUAAAUGAGGAAUCUUGCAUCUCUCUGCGAUAAUAAUCAGACUUGACUCAGGAAUGGCACAUUGGACUAUCAAAAAAUGAGUGAUGAGUCAAAAGUGGAGCAAACAGGAGGCUGAAAUUUUCGGUACAGGAAGGACACACAAAGUGUCAGUAACCAAAGAUUGAGAGUGUAUGAGGUAAUCCUGCAGUGAGCAUAUUUUCCCUCAUUUCCUGGCAGUGUGGGGACCCGUGUGCUCCAGCAGGAAGGUGUUCUAUUGUUCAGUGUAACAGAGCUCACCUCACAGUCGAACCCUCAGGGCUCCUCUACCUCUGCACAUCUACACAUACACAGGUACAUACACACUUAACACACAUACGGCUCCCUGAGUCACAGGGUGGAACCCUCACACACAUAAAGGGAGCUUUGUGCCCCGACUCAUGGAGCUGACAACCAACACCGGAGAGCUCCUCUCACUGAACACCACUGUUCAGCCAACAGGAGAGCUCAGUCAGUGGGCAGACACUGCUUUUAUGUACGCCCACACGAAAUGCGGCUACAUCUCCAACUAUCUGAGCAUCAGAGGAUUAUUAAUGCGGCUGCACCUACAGUGAUUGAAAGUUUAGACUGGAGAGAUGUGUGCCUGAUCUCAAUUUUCUUGUGCAGAAAUUAUAAAGCUUAUUACCCAGUGUUUCUCUUUGCCUAUCUGUGUGAAAUUUUCACUGCAAAUAUUUCCCAUACCUGGAACGAGGCAAUGAUUUGAUUUCUUCAUACUUGUCAGGACUGAGCCAUGCAGCAGUGAGUUAGGAGACCAGUAAUAAAUGAUACUUCUACUUCUGCAGAAACUCACCCACUCACCACUGCAGGAUCUGCAGAGACGACAGCAUCACUGUCUGUGGCAUGUUUCUGUGUCUUCACUAUCCAAACCAGGCCUCACUCAAUUAAAUAGUUUUAUAUCAAGGUUUUGACUAAUUUAUAAUAUAAGAGGGCUCCCUUGCUCCGCUCCACAGGGGGAUUUUAGCACCUCUUAGUUAAGUGUUUUGCUCAAACAACCUACAGCUUUGCAGCUCUGUUUUAUCAUCUCUCACCAGCAUCAUGUGAACCCAUAAAAUCUUGCAAUGGUUAGACAUAAAAAAGACAAAGAUAACGGCCAUUUCUUUGAAGCAUUAACUGUUCAUUCGUCUCCCCAGAGUUUGGUGGAAACACUCGAGUCUUUUCUGCUUUUGUAGUUCAUAGAAGUAUUUAUCUGAAUCCGUUUGAUAACCAGUUAAAAACUCCUCAUUGGAGCUUUAACUUCUUAGGAAAUUCCACAGACACCCUCCUC